AUGUUCCCAAUGCGCUGUAUCCGUCGUCGGUCUAUCGACUUUAUUCUGAAAGUACAACAAGCCGUACAUUAACAUGAAAUUGCUUUGUUUUUCAGGGAGUGAUCAUAACUACAAUAUGUUUGUUCAUUGUUCACAUGACUUCUUCGUUUCCACGCGGAAAUAUCAGCCAGCGAGCACUGAACAAUUUCCCGAACGAGCAGCAACAGAGCCCUGCUAUUAUUCAAAAAAGAGAUAACAAUGUAGACAGUAAUAUCAUAGAAUACACCAAAAAAGAGGUAUUUUUGAGAAAACCUGUUUUGCAAUGUUCGUUCCUCUAUUUUAGAACCCUCUUCUCGGCCAGCAGGAUUCAAAGAAGCAAUCACAUCUUACAGUAAUCCAGGAAGAUGUUCAUUCGAAAACGGAAUCCAGAGAAGUAAGUAUUCACCAACGUCGGUAGUCCUUUGGAGUGAAAAUCCUAAACGGGGGAAUAAUAUUAUUCUCGUUUUAGCCUCGUAAAUUUAUGGUGAUGUCGCUCUAUCUAAACAGUCAUUUUUUCUACAGUAACCUAGAUAUAUUAUUAAACUUAAAUUGUGUAUUUUCAGGGAGGGUUCUACAAAAACAUUUUGAUUCAUUUCGAUCUGAAAGGAGCACCGCCAAAAGUAAACUACUUCGUCGAACUUUUGCGGUUAAUUGCAAAAGGCGGAGCAACAGGAAUUUUAUUGGAAUGGGAAGACAUGUUCCCGUGGACCGGAAAGUUACAACCCUUCAAAAACACUGACGCCUAUUCGGAAGAGGACGUUGAUAUAAUUCUCAGUGAAGCGAAUACUUUGAAGCUUGAUGUAAUUCCAUUAGUGCAAACGUUCGGACAUUUGGAAUGGAUUCUCAAGUACGAGGAGAUGAGAAAGUAUCGCGAGAAUGACGCAUAUCCACAAGUGUUGUGUUUGGGAAACGAACAGGGAGUUGAGUAUGUCAAGGAGAUGAUAAGUCAGGUUGUGAAGAAGCAUUCAAAAUAUGGCAUUCCUUUCUUCCAUAUCGGAGCAGAUGAGGCGUUCGAAGUGAGCAAAUAUUACCCCGUAAAUUAUUAUAGGGGCACCGGACAGAAAGGGCGCGCUGUUAGCAAUCUGGCCGAAUUUCUUGACCGCGAAGUAAUUUUCCACUGAAAACGUGGCUUAACUUUUCAAACUCGCCCCCGAGGUCGCUCAAUUUGCACUGCAAAAAGAGUUUCUCAACAGAGCGCCAUUUCUGUGCGGUGCCCCUAUAAUAAUGGCGAUGUCGCUCUACCGCAAUCCCACGUACAAUCUCGGCCGCGGCGUUUUCUCAUUUAGCACUGAAUUCACGUGGAAAGCAGUAGAACACGGUUGUCAGAUUUCUUCGUCUGCAACAACAUGAUUAACGUUUUAAUUUAACAUUAUUUUAGUUCGGUGUCUGUAAAGAGUCCAUUGAUUGGAUUAAGAAAAACGGAAAUGAUGGCGGAAAACAGCUUCUGGCUUUGGCUCAUCUUAAAAGCAUUGCCGAGUUCACACUUCAAGAAGCUGAACACUCCACUACGUGAGUACACAUUUCUGGAAGCUUAAUAUUGAACAGCAUUUUAGGAUAUUGGCUUGGCAUGACAUGCUGAAAGACUUUGAUACUCGUCUAAUAAAAAACCUCAAUCUGGGAAGUGUUAUACAGCCUGUGGUCUGGGAUUACUCAGAAAAUAUUAUCACACUCAAUGGUAAGUACACACUUUCUAGUCAAUUUAUUGCAAAUUUCGAUUCAGACUACAUUUUUUCGAGUCUGGCGGAUAACUUCCCCACUAUGUGGGCAUCCUCAGCAUACAAAGGCGCCAACUAUCCUUCGGCUGCGUCUUCGGAUAUAAAGCAUUAUGAAACUAACAACAGAAACUGGAUCAAGACAAAACAGGUGAGUAUUUUAGGAGGGUUUGCGUGAUUUUCUACACAUAUUUAAAAAAUGCACAAACUAAUGGUGCCGUGGUCUUAGAAACUUUAGAAACUGUUACUAAACGAACGAUUCAGAAUCAAGAAAAAAAGUUCAAAAAUGGAUUCCAAGGAAUAAUAAUUACGGGAUGGCAAAGAUAUGAUCACUUAGCCGGACUUUGUGAGACUCUCCCAAUCGGAACGGCGUCCAUGAUGCUCCAGAUGCAAAUUGCUUUGAAUGCUCCAUCUUCUGAUCUGGAAACAACAAGAAAACAAGCUGGGAAACUGCUGGGCUGUCAGGGAUUCAAUGUGGACGGUGUGAGAGUGGUUAACAGUAUGUGCACUUACACAGGUUCGCGACUUCGUUUAAUGGACAUCUUGUAAAAUAUCUUACAGGAUUUCAAACGUAUUUCAUCUAUCAGAAUGAAGUUCCGAAUUUGUUCAGUAGAAUAGAAGGAGAUUUAGGAAAGAACCAUCAUCUUAUGGGUUGGGCCAACAGAUACAACAGAAAGUAUAAUAUUUCACAGAACUGGUACGUAUUACCAUGGUCAAGUAAUUUUAGCUCCCCGACAUUACCGUAAUAUUUCUAGGUAUCACCGAGAAAUGCUUCCUUUUGUUCAACAGCUAACAUCUCAGUAUGACAGAGUUGAGAACGAUCUCAGGUGAUUCAAAUUUGAGUUGUUUUUUUAAUUUUUUAAUUUUAUUUUCAGAGCCUCUAUGAAAGAUCUCUUCUUUAGUAACACGAUUGAGGAGUUUUUAUAUGAGAAUCUGGGAGAAAUGUCCGAAAAACUUCAUGGUUAUCUGGAAGAAAUUCAGCGACUCGACAGACUGCGAGCUUGGCCAAAACGCAACUUUCCAGUUAGGAGAAGAGGAGCUUGAGCAUCUCAGGGAACUCGUUAUUAAUCUAGCUUGCUAUAUCGCAUUUAUAACCGACCCUAGAUUGCUAAUUUACUGGGAUUAGAUUGCAAAUUCUUCUAAAUAAACUGAUAAAUUUUCUAAUUAGAUUGACAAAACAAAAUUUGUCUAAUUAGAUUGAUAAAGAUUAACGCUUUCGGUCAAAGUGUUAAUCUAAUUAGAUGAAUUAUGAAUUUUAUUAGAUGAAUUGUGAAUCUAAUAUCAGUUCUUUGUCAAUCUAAUAAGCCAAAUUUUGUUUUGCCAAUCUAAUUAGAAAAUAUAUCAGUCUAGCUAAAAAAAUUUUCAAUUUAAUCGCAGUAAAUUAGAAAUCUAAUUAAGGCCGGUUAUAAACGCGAAUUAGCUAGCUCGAUUAACGGUUUCCCUGAGUUGAAGUUUUUUCCUGUUUAUUUAUUGUUGAUUUCAAUAUUUACUUCUUUCGGGUUAAAUUAUUUAAAAGAAUGCCUUAGACACUGCUCGUGUAAUUUACUCUUGUCGAUAUGAUGAACUUUUUGAUUAUUGGGUUUGUUUUCGAAGAGCGAAUUGCAGCUGUAACUAAUUGACUGCGUACCACGGAGUCGUGGCGGGGUACGCUGGCGCAAGAACAUAACAAGGGACCUUGGCUUUCUAGUCUCAGCUAAACUUGACUUCACCAAGCAUUGGCAAACUAGCAUAAACAAGGCAACAUACAUGAUGUUACAAGUCUUCCAUCAGUACAAUAGCAAAAAUAGCAGGCUCAUGACGCUUUCGUUCAAAAUAUUUGUCCGUCCGAUAGUUAAAUACGGAACACCAGUCACAAGUCCCAUAGAACAAUGCGAUACCAAGACUAUAGAAUCAGUCCAAAACGCAUUCACCAGGCGUCUCUACAGUAGACAAAAACGCUGUUAUUUGAGGGCAGAUGAUAAAGAGUAUAUUAUAGGGGCACCGGACAGAAAGGUGUGUUAGCAAUCUGGCCGAAUUUCUAGACCGCGAAGUAAUUUUCCACUGAAAACGUGGCUUAACUUUUCAAACUCGGCCCCGAGGUUGCUCAAUUUGCACUGCAAAAAGAGUUUCUCAACAGAGCGCCAUUUCUGUGCGGUGCCCCUAUAAUAAAUCUGCUGACUAAAGAAAUGAGUUAUACAAACUGUCCUCACUGGAAUGUAGAAGAAGAAUAACAGACAGAAAGUUAAUUCUGAAUUCAGAAUUUUUCGAAAAUGCUAGCGGGAAAAGUGGGCCUUACCACCUCCGAUUUCUUCACUGUCACUCAUAACAACAAAACACGCGCCAAAACUAUUCGGAUGGACCAAAUGCAAAACCAAACUUCGGCGCCACUUUUUCGUUAAUCGCACCCUACUGAACUUCUCGCAAAAAUUACUGACCUUAUGUUCCAUGUAACUUUCCACCCUCUAAUUCUUGCAUAAUUACCCACCUAUCGCAAUUCCCCUUUUGGCAUCUAUUCUCACGUACUUUGACAGUCGUAAUAAAAUCGACGGCGCAGGUGAUCUUAGGUUCAAUAGGACGAUUAUAAUUUUAAGCACAUGUUAACCUUUUUCGGAAAACAACUGUUCCGAAGUAGAACAUUUUCGUUAAUUUUUUAGAAAUUGGUUUGUUUCGGAACAGUUUUAUAACGGAACAGUCGUAUUCCGAAACAAGUUAAUCUGAAACACGUUCUAUUUCGAAAAUUGUGGACCAAUAGAACUAGUCAGAUUCUCAGAACACUUAGAAAGUUCAUGUGUUCCUUUUUCACUACUCCGUAUAACAACUGUUUCCGCUUUAGAAAUGAAAGUGCGCGGGCAAACCAAGAAAUCAUCAUCAUUAUCAUCAACAUCAUCAUUUUUACAAGAUUUUUUGCAAUUUUCAUUUCUAAAGCGAAAAUACUUGGCAAACAAAACAUUUCAAAACAAAUAAAACUUAAAAUAGUAGAACUGGCUGCCAACUUAUUCAAGUGGCCUAGGUUUUGCAGGUUGUAAAACUUCGAUCGCCAUUUCAUUUUCUUUCCAAUUUUCAGCCUUUUUUCGAAAGAUCCGUCUGUUUUCUCGAAUUUCUAGUCCUAGUAAAUUGUUCAUGUAUUAAAACUAUUCAUAGUUUGAACAUCUUCGUUUCAAAAGUAACGCAGAACUUGCCACUUCUCUUUCUCUUUCGCCUUGUAAAAAUUAUGUUUUCGUCGAUUACUCAACAGGCACUGUUGCGAAUUGUCUGUAUAAUAUAUUGAAAAUUACGGGUCAUAUCGAUCAGUUCAAAGCAAAAAACUCGUGGAAAACUGAUCUCGGACUAUUCCUUUUAAAAACUUUCUUUUCGUCACUCGCGUUUCAUUUCAGUAAUGAUCAAAUCAGAGAGCGACAGUGACGAAGAUGAAUAUGUUCCCGUAGGUCUAUUGAGUGCCGCCGAUCAGGUAAAAUUUCGAAUAGCAUUUUGAAAAAAACGUAUUAAUUUUCCAGAGUUUUGGAAGACGAGAUUACAAAAUUAAUGAAAUUUACGAGUUCUAUAACGUCGAAAAGUUGGAUAAUACGACCAUUGCAAGUGAGUUUUUGUUUCCGGCGAAAUGUGAAAAUUAAGAACUUAUUUUGGAAAAAACAGCAUCUUCCGAUUCGAAGGUGUUCGUCGAUUUGUCAGGACAACAGAGUUCAUUAACCAUGAAUCGACCUCGAACUCGACCACCACAUCCGCAACCUUCGUCUCUUCGAAAAUUUCAGGCGCGGAAGCCUGCUCCAACUCCCGUCAAUCUUUCAGUUUCACUACCUUCAAGUACUCCAUUCAUUCGUACUGCCUUAAAAACUAGCAGAUAUCCGAUUCGUCCACAAGCAGUUCAGUGCAUAGUCUGGUUAUUUUGAAGAACUAAAAUCAAUUAAAGUUUUUUAAAGGUUCCUCCUCCGAUGUAUCGCCCGAUUCCGGUGCCCGUGCUACCCCUGGUUCCACUACCAGCGGCUUCGAUGUUUUAUCAGCAGAGUCCCUCUUUUGCAAUGAUUCAACGUCCUGGUAUGAUGCCUAUGAAGGUUCGUAUUUCUAUUAUUCGACUUUUCAGCUUUUCGCUGCAGUAUCCGGAGCAUUUAUUUUUUCGUUUUCGUGGUGUGAAUGGUUACCUUCCUGUCAACCUUUCAAAAUUUUCCUUUUUUCGAGUGAUAUUCAAAAAACCUCGACCCUAUAAUUACAAUUGCAAGCAGAAAAGUGUGGCUUGCAUGAUCUGUGUUAAUAUAUUAAAAGCCAUCCGGGGAGAAAAUUGAAAAAUAAUUUGACACUGCAGAAAUGCACCUUGACAUUGUUCCGUAUCAGCCCCAAAGCACAGAUUUUCUUUUUCCUCGAUUUUUUCGGCAGAAAGUUGCUGUUCAUCGAUGUUUUCCCUCCGGGCACAUUUUUUAUUCUAGGGACCCUUUCCGUCAUUGGAUAUGCUUCAACUUAAAAAAAACAUAUUACUGUAUAAAGCAGAAAAAUGUUUUUGCCAAGGAAAAACGUCAAGGUACAAUUCUGCAGUGUUUAAUUAUUAUUCAAUUUUCUCCCCGGAUGCCUCCUUUAAAUCAGUUUUCUGAAACUUGCAUAUUUUCUUAACUUGUUUCAGUUGUACACCCAUCAUAUUUUUCCGAAUAUGCACCAGCCGAUGAGAACUGCUUACCCUCCUGGAAUGAUGAUUGUUUCUCCGAGCUCUGUUCCAACAAAGCCUCAACCGAGAGUUCCAAUUGUUGCGCAGCAAAUGGUUAUUGAUAGAAAAUCGUUUUCGGCUCCGCCAGUUUCAACCUUUUGGGUGAGUUCGAUAGAUGUACCACAAAACACAAUGGGUACUGACCCUUCAAACUUGUCGCAUGUCAUUUGUCCAAGCGUUUACAAGCAGAAUUAACCAAUCAGCGAGCUGAAAAUUAAAGGUGCACGCACAAAACACGUUUUCGAAGUUUUUGAUUUUUUCAGUCUGCUACAAAAAAACCAGUGAAACAUAUGUUUAUUGCCAGUUUUUUAAACAACUGAAUAAGCCCACGAGAGUCUAAUUCGAUAUUGCACGCAGGCGUGCGCGUGCAUGAAAAUCGCGCGAUUUCGUUCGAUGAUCAAUGUUAAUACUUGUUCAGCCAACAUCGACACAACCGACACCGGAAGCCAAACCGAAAAUAGCAGCAGAAGUUCGCAAACAGCUGAAGAUAGAAGCAGCCUCAAAAAUGAAAGCUGAAAGAGACGCUCGCAAGGCCGAAAUGAAAGAUAAAAAAAAUGCUGAAAGAGAAGAGUUUAUGCGAUUAAAACGGCAAAAGAAAUAUGGCUCGGACGUAAAUUCAAAAUUUGUGAAUUUCUCGGUAAUCUAAAAUCACUUUUAAAACGGUUUAUCAGAUUUGACAAAAUACCUAUUGCUCCAGCAGAAAUCUGGCAAUCGCGCUCUACCGCUCUCAGCGAAAAUUCAGUUCUAUUAUAGGGGCACCGCACAGAAAUGGCGCUCUGUUGAGAAACUCCUUUUGCAGUGCAAAUUGAGCGACCUCGGGGCCGAGUUUGAAAGUUAGGCCACAUUUUCAGUGGAAAAUAUUUCGCGGCCUAGAAAUUCGGCCAGAUUGCGAACAGCGCGCCCUUUUUGUCCGGCGCCCCUAUAAUUAGGGGGCGCAAAGGAGAGGGCGUGGUCUGACGAAUUUUCUCCCGAUUUCCGCGCGCGCAUGUUUGACGGUCUGUAGUGAGGUCCCCAAAUGACGUACCAUACCCAAAACGGUUUCGCAAAAGCACUAAUUUCACCAUUAGGGCUCACUCGGUAGUCUGGAGGUGUCGGGUUCGAAACUUUUGACCUUGAAAGCAGGGUUUUUCAUAGGAUUGCGGUAGAGCGACAUUUUCAGAGUUCUGUGCUGUGAAUAGUGGCUGUUAUCAUUCGUUUCUGAGAAGUCUCACGCACCCACUCCAGAAAAUCUUCCUGCUUCCCUUCUUGGAUCAGGAUUGAAAUUUUAUGUUUCCCGAUUUUACGGAUUUUUCAGUGAAGAGAGAAUUUUACGAAUCGCCAUAAAAAAUACUGUAACUUUGUUUGUAAAAUUAUUAUUCCGAGAAUUUUAGCACAUCUUUAACAAUUUGCUGAUAUCAUCAGUUUUAACCGAACUCGCUCAUAUGGAAAACUUCCUUUACAGAAAGAUAUGUUUGUGAUUCGUCUCAAAGAUGUCGAUUCAUUCGAUCGAAACAAUGAGAUUUGGAGAGUCGAUAAUCACGUUUUGAUUCAAAAGUUCUGUGGAGUUCCAUCGCUUCGUGCUCCGGCUAGACAGUUUCAGUCUUCGAACAAAUUGUCAGGAUAUGAUUCGCGCGCCUCAUGGCGCUUCUUUAUCAUCAAUCCAGCAAACGUUGAAGUUAAUAAAGAUGGCUCCGAGAUCACAGUCUUCGACUUUCCGGUGAUUAGUGUUCUCCGUGAAGCCAAAAAAUUGGCUGAGCAAAAGGACGAGGAGUUUGUAAGUUGUCCAUUAUUUUUAUGGUGUAUUUAAGGACCGUAUUAGUUGUCAGUGGGAGAGGCGCCUCGAGGCGUGAGCAUUGUUCGCCGAAAAUUUAAUCAUGUUUCGUAAAACUUAAAUACUAGUUAGCACGGAGUCGUGGCGGGGUACACUGGCGCAAGUGCGCUCUACUGAAAUUUUCAAAAAUUUUGCUUUGGCCUAAUGCUUUAAGAUAGGGACGCUACGCAAUCGACCGUCGGCGGAAGUUCAAAUUUUAGUUUUCGAUGUACCCAUGACGACCCCGUGGUUAGUUCUCGGUAGCUCAUCAAAGUGUAUACUAGCGGUCACUAAGUGUAUUUUCUGUUUAGAAAAAAGUGGAGGCCACGGAGCUUGAAGAAAAACAAAGCCAAGUGGAAGCAAGGAAAAAAUCGAAAACAGUGGAAAGAGAGAAGAAGAAAUGUGAAAAAAGGUAUACAACGUUGGGGAAGUCGAAGAGAAUCACAACUCCAACUACUACACAUACUACUAUGAAGUUGAGGAAAAAAACUGUUAAGAAAGUAAUGAGAUUGCAGUCAGCAAAGAAAUACAUACAUUUUUAUAGGAGAAAGAUGAAGGGGUGUGUCGCGAAAUCGUUGAUGGUUUGCUUGAUGCGGUAGACGAUGUCGGAAAUGUGGGGAAUGAAGAAAGCGUUAGCGAAGAAGAGAACGAUCGGUGCAGCUUGAUCACCAUCGUCGCUUCGUCUGAUAGCGAAGAGGACAGAGAAGAAAAUAAUAAUUUCGAUGACGAUGUUUUUGUAAGUAGAAAAUACUGUCAUGAUUGUCUAGUGUACGUAGAUGUACUAUGUUUUCAGACUUUCGAAUUGUACGCAGAGAACGAUGUGCCUGCCGUGGCUCUUGAGCUGACCAUCGACUGA